AUGGCUGAACCAAGUUACGCAGACCUCGAGAAGGAAAUCUCGUUGGACGACAUUGACUUCUCCGACUUGGAGGCCAAGUAUGCCGUCAACGCCGACUUGGGCUUGGAAAAUUACGUCGUGGUGGAUGGAGCUCCAAAGGCUCCUCUGUCCAAGGCUCCACUCUUGGAGAAGGUCUUGAGAAAGUUCUUGAGCAAGGCCGGUGAGGUCGUGGAGGGUGACGCUGGAGUCUACCUUCCUAUUGAGAACAACAUGACCAAGGGAUACCUCUUCGUGCAGUUCAAGACUCCAGAAAUGGCCACUGCUGCAGUUCAACAAUUGAAUGGUAAGCCUUUGGACGCCAAACACAGAUUGUUUGUCAACCGUUUUUCCGACAUUGAGAAGUACUGUGCUGACGGAAACGUUCCUACUUCGUUUGCCGAGCCAGAGGUUCCAGAAAUCAAGAACCACGGCUACUUGAAGUCAUGGUUGCAAGACGAGGCUGGUAGAGACCAGAUGGCUUUGCACUUCUCAGAAUCCGUUGGAGUUUACUGGUCCAACAAAAAGAACGACCCCAAGGCCGUCACCGAGCCAAGAAAGGGCUUCACUUCCAAGUACGCCAAGUUCUCGCCAAAGGGUACCUACUUGUUCUCUAUCCACCCACAAGGUGUUCAGUCUUGGGGAGGUGCCUCUUUCGAGCGUAUUGAGAAGUUUGUUCACCCUCAGGUCCGUUUGAUUGACUUCUCUCCUAGUGAGAAGUACAUGGUGACCUUGUCUCCUUCUCCUAUCGAGCUUCCAACCAACCCAGCCGAGUUGGAGGCUUUCCCAUUUGGUCCUGAGUCUGAGGGUCACAAGUUGGUGAUCUGGGACUUGGCCACCGGUGAGCCUGCUAGAACCUUCGCCUUGCCUCCUCACUUGGAGGGCCAAAAGGAGAUGCCAUGGCCUUUAGUCAAGUGGUCUUUCGAUGACAAGUACUGUUGUCGUCAAGGUCCAGAUGCUUUGGCCAUCUACGAGACUUCUACCUUCCAAUUGUUGGACAAGAAGUUGGUCAAGAUUGAGGGUGUUGUGGACUUUGAGUGGGCUCCUGCUGGUGUCCACCUUGCUGGUUCCAAGUCUGAGACUGGUGAGCACGUUUUGUCUUACUGGACUCCAGAGAGCUCCAACCAGACCGCUAGAGUCGCCUUGAUGCAGAUUCCUUCCAGGGAGGUUCUUAGAACUGUCAACUUGUUCCAGGUGUCUGACUGUAAGAUGCACUGGCAAGAUGAGGGAGAACUCUUGUGUGUCAAGGUUGACCGUCACACCAAGUCCAAGAAGACCAUUUUCUCCAACUUGGAGUUCUUCCGUACCACCGAGAAGGCCAUUCCUGUUGAAAAGUUGGAGUUGAAGGACGUGUGUAUCAACUUUGCUUGGGAGCCUAAGUCCGACAGAUUCGUCACCAUCAGCAGAUUGGAUGAUGGUAACAACAACCCAGCUAUUCCAAAGAACACCGUCUCCUUCUAUUCUUCCGAGCAGUCCAAGGGUAAGAGCAACAAGUUCAAGGCUAUCAGCACGGUUGAGGGCAAGCAUUCCAACACUCUUUUCUGGUCGCCAAAGGGCAGAUACGUUGUUGUGGCUACUAUUGCCAAGUCUUCUGGUGAGUUGGAGUUCUACGACACUCAGUUCGAGGAUGACAAGAACCCUAAGAAGAACGAGGUUAAGUUGUUGAAGACCGAAAAGUUUGGAGGUAUGACCAACAUUUCCUGGGAUCCAUCCGGAAGAUUUGUCGCCGCCUGGUCCUCUAUGUGGGUUCACAGCAUCGAAAACGGUUACAAGUUGUUUGAAUUCACUGGUAAUUUGUUGAGAGAUGAGCAGACCGACCAGUUCAAGGACUUCAUCUGGAGACCUAGACCUAAGUCGUUGCUUACUGCUGCUGACAAGAAGAAGGUCAAGAAGCAGCUCCGUGAGUUCAGCGCCCAGUUUGACGAAACUGACGCCAUGGAGGCUGAUGCUGCCACCAGAGAGGCUAUUUUGUUGCGUCGUAAGUUGUUGGAAGAGUGGAAGGCUUACAGAUCCAAGCACGUUGGUGUCAAGUCCGAGGACCACAAUGUGGAAGCCGAGAUUGUUGAGGAGAUCAAGGAGGAGAUUAUUGAGGAGAAGGAGGAGGUUGUGGAGUAG